AGUUCAGCAGACACUGGAGAUCAGGAGGCAGUGGAGCUGGUGGCUCUCCUCACUUCUCCCUCCUUCCUCCUAUAUAUUUUUCCUAUUCUUCCCUUCAGUCACUGAGGAGUCAUUUCUCGACACAUUGUAUAUGGGAAAUCUAUUUUGUGUGUGAAGAACAAGAAGGCUUGGAGAAGGUUUCGUUGAGGGGGCUGCCAUUCGCAAGACCCUGUGAGUCAAGAAUUUCUUGUGAACUUUUCUUUGGUGCCUUGAGGUGUUCUGCUCCUCCAGUUAAACAUGUUGUGCAAUGUAUCCGCGAUCUGUUUGGAUCCUCCAGGGGAGACAGUCUGGAGACAGUCGGGAGGUGCAAACAGAGCUAAAACUUUAAGGUGAGAAGCACAACUCUAAGCUUGUCCUUCACCUGCUCUUGGGUGGUACUGAAGGACAGCGCCCAACCGUGUGGCCUCAGCAAUGAACUUUUCAAGGGACCCCUUUAUCCUUAACGUUGGGGGUGCCAGGUAUUCCUUCUCUCAGGAUGUGAUAAAAGAUUUCCCGUUGAGAAGGGUGAGCAGGCUGCACGGCUGCUCCUCCGAAAAGGAUGUCUUAGAGGUUUGUGAUGACUACGACCAGGAGAGGAAUGAGUAUUUCUUCGACAGGCAUUCGGAGGCUUUUGGGUUCAUCAUGAUGUACGUCAAGUAUGGCAAGCUAAGGUUUGUCCCCCAAAUGUGUGAGCUUUCCUUCUACAAUGAGAUGAUCUACUGGGGGCUGGAGUGUUCCCAACUGGAAUAUUGUUGUCAAAGGAGACUUGACGACCGCAUGUCCGAUACCUAUACCUACAUGUCUGAUGAGACCAAGCCCGAUGAGAGCACCGUCAACGACGACCCCCAGGCUCCAGGGGAGAAGAAGUGGCUAGAGCGCAUGAGGAUGACAUUUGAGGAGCCCACCUCAUCCUUGGCAGCCCAGAUCUUGGCUGUGAUAUCUAUUCUAUUUGUCAUUGUCUCCAUGGUGGUCUUAUGCGCUAGCACCUUACCUGACUGGAAGACAGCGGAGAAUAGGAGCGUGGAAGAGCACAGGUAUACAGCAAGUCUAUGGGAACCUUCGGGGAUAAUUGAAGCUAUCUGCAUCGGCUGGUUCACGGCAGAGUGCAUCGUCAGGUUCAUUGUCUCCAAGAAUAAGUGUGAAUUUGUGAAAAGGCCCUUAAAUAUCAUCGAUCUGCUGGCCAUCAGUCCUUAUUACGUCUCCGUACUCAUGACUCUUUUCACAGGGGAGAACCCUCAGCUGCAGAGAGCCGGGGUGACGCUUAGGGUCCUGAGGAUGAUGAGAAUUUUUUGGGUCAUAAAACUCGCAAGACAUUUCCUCGGUCUCCAGACGCUUGGCCUCACUUUGAAACGCUGCUACCGAGAGAUGGUCAUGUUGCUGGUGUUCAUCUGCGUAGCCAUGGCGAUUUUUGGAGCGUUAUCUCAGCUGCUCGAACACGGCUUGGACCUUGAGACCAAAAACGAGGACUACUCGAGUAUACCGGCAGCCUGCUGGUGGGUGAUUAUUUCAAUGACCACUGUAGGCUAUGGAGACAUGUACCCAAUAUCUGUCCCCGGCAGAAUACUUGGAGGAGUGUGCGUGGUCAGCGGGAUUGUCCUCCUUGCGUUGCCUAUCACGUUCAUAUACCACAGUUUUGUACAGUGUUACCAUGAACUCAAGUUUAAGUCUGCAAGGUACGGCAGAACCCUGUCCAAUGAGUACUUAGACUGAUAUACGGCAGAGCUUUGUUAUAUGAAUAUUUAUUUUGUUAUUUAAUAUUAUUCAGGGCUACACGAGAUCCCUAAAGCAUAGACAACAUGGCGCCUGUCCUUUCUCAUAUAUAUACACAUUACUCAUGUUUUUUUAUCAUAUGGCACACAAUAGGAAGAGACACAGGGCUGGGCCUUUCAUCAAUGAUUUGCUUGUGGUCGCCAGACUCAAUGCCAAGAGCACCUCAUUCUUCUGGUUGAUUCCAGUAAGCACAAAGGUGAUUUCUUAGUUAAUCUCAGUCAAAAGGGUUGUCUGCUAUAAUUUUUUAAAGGGGUCAGCUUGGGUUAAAAAAAAAAAAAACAUUACUCAUCCUCUUUCACUGGUGUUCUGAUGCUCAUUAGGUCUCUGUUGAUCUCUGCUUCCUGAUCCCAUCUUGAUGCACCGAAAAUGCUCACUGCCAAAUGCCAAUCACUGGCGGCAGUGGUGACCACAGGUUCGGGGAGCUUGUAUUUCUAGCCAUUUCCUGUGCGCCAAGACCAUCCACUUCCUACGGGGCACUGACACUCCUGAUAAUUCCAAAGGCUGUUAUACCAAGCGUCAGGGAUGUCAUUUGGAAGACGAUGGGAUCCCAUAUUACCAACUAAUCAGGUCCCCUUAAAGGGGUACUCCACUGCUCAGUGUUUGGAACAAACUGUUCUGAACUCUGUAGCCGGCGCCGGGAGCUUGUGAUGUCAUAGCCCUUCCCCCUCAUGACGUCACACUCCGCCCCCUCAAUGCAAGUCUAUGGGAGGGGGCGUGACGGCUGUCACACCCCCGCCCAUGGACUUGCAUUGAGGGGGCUGGGCGUGACAUCACGAUGGGCGGGGCUAUGACGUCACAAGCUCCCGACACCUGCUCCAGCAUUUGGAACAGUUGAGCAGCGAAGUACCCCUUUAAACCUCCUCACUCCUUUGUCAUCCCCUAAUGGGCUAAAUUUGAUGGGCCCCUGGGCUGGGAGGAGGGGGGAUUUCUGUAAUUAUGGGCCUCUAUCAAAGGAAAAGAAGUAUAUUUUGGCCUCUAUAUGUAAUAUAUGUGAAGUGGUCUCUAAUCAAAGCAGUGCAUUGAUGGUAAGGAGUGGCAGCUUACAGAACAAUGUGUACCACUGGUCUAGACUACUCCUUCUGGGCCUCUUCCAGUAGUCCUGCCAGUAUGAAGUCAUCCUAAUUUAAGAGUAGGCUAAACUUGUGUAAAUCUAGUGGGUUUGAAGCGUACCUAAGCGUACUAAAAAAAACUAAAUACAUUUCACAUGUCCUAGGGACACCCAUACCCCAACCAAUGUGAUCAAGCUGGGAGAGAGGCAUGCGCAGUGUUUCGGUCAGUGUUUUCUUGAGUGUGCAGUCCCUGUGGGGAUGACAUGUCACAGGAACAAGAAAAAAGCAGUGACAAUUGGAUACGGAAAGCCAUCAGAACAAUAGUUGCAGGGGAUCAGGGUUGGUAUAAUUUUUUAUUUUUACACUAUCCCCAACCACAUUUUUAAAAACUUGAAAAACCCUUAAAAGAUGGCCAACUAUUCCUCCUGACUUUUCCAUACACAUGCAUGGUUCCGCCUAGCAUGCACGAGGAAAGAUGGGAAGAGAGUAAGCCACUGCUAUCCACUGCAUAUCUCCUUUAAGAAUUAAAGCAUCAGUGUUUCCAACCUUUUUCCCAAUGAACAUUGGCCUAACCCUUAAAGGGGUACUCUGCUACUCAGUGUUUGGAACAAACUGUUCCGAAAGCUGAAGCGGGCGGCGGGAGCUCGUGACGUCAUAGCCCCGCCCCCUCACAACGUCACACCCCACCCCCUCAAUGCAAGUCUAUGGGAGACUUGCAUUGAGGGAGUACGGCUAUGACGUCACAAGCUCCCGGCGCCGGCUCCAGUGUUCGGAACAGUUUGUUCAAAACGCUGAGCAGCUGAGUACCCCUUUAAUAUACAUUAGAUUGUUGGAUGGUUCCACCAUGAGCAGGUUUGGGCCUCAAUAAUCUAAUGUGUAUGGCCACCUAUAAUAUAAGGUAGUAGGACAAUAUUCUGGUUCAGUGCCCAGAGCUACUAGUGUAAAGAAAAACAAUCCUCUUUAUAGACAGUUUAUGGCAAGAGUCAAACUUAAGACCUGCUGGUCUAUGUGGGGUUCCAGGAACAUAACUGCUUGGUCACUGUUCUUCCAAGAAAUUAGAAAAAUCAAUUAUGGAUUUGGAGAAAAUUAUUUGAAUUCAAUCUAAAAAUAACAUAUUAAAGCCAUACUUUGGCCUGAUUUUGAAGGAUAAAUAUUCCCUAUGAAUCUCUCUGAAAGACCUAUGAAAAUAAGUCAGAAUCUGAGAAUCUGUUCUCUGUACCAGGAAUGUUUUCUAUUUUUUAUGUAAAUUCUCUCUAUUUUAUUAUCCAAACUUCCUGCUUGUUUAGAUGGCAGCCGCAGAGUGCCUCAUUACAGGUUCUACACCGUCCACAGGGUCACCACAGGAAAGCAAUUUAAUUCAGGAGCUACCGAAAGUGGAUUCCUCAUUAUGGUAUAGAACCAUUUCUGACUUGUCUGGGUCACUUCUCUUAUCUCUGUUCAGGGGGUCCUCUUAUGUUAUUAGAAGCCUACUGAUCAUGUGCGUACUUUUCUCUGCAGGGAAUGUCUCUGGAAUUAAAGGGGUACUCCGGUGGAAAACAAUUUAUUUUAAAUCAACUGGUGCCAGAAAGUUAAACAGAUUUGUAAAUUACUUCUAUAAAAAAAAUCUUAAUCCUUCUAGUACUUAUCAGCUGCUGUAUACUACAAAAAAGUUAUUUUCUUUUUGAAUUUCUUUUCUGUCUGUCCACAGUGCUCUCUGCUGACGUAUCUGUCCGUGCCAAGAACUGUCCAGAGCAGUAUAGAUUUGCUAUGGGGAUUUGAAAUAAAUUGUUUUCCAUUGGAGUACCCCUUUAAAGGAUGUGUUCAUCUAAAUGUUGACUACUGAGAAGUUCUCCAAUGUUCUUAUUGUAAAAUAAGUAAUGAGUUGAUCACAACUGUGAAACAAUACUAAGCUUUUGGGUUGCUAUAUGUACGGCAUCCAUUUUAGGACAUCGUCAGUCGUCAGCCGUAACUCCGUCCCGCAUCGGGCGAAACAGCGUCCCGCCUCCUCCCUCACACCAAUCACCAUCAUCCUUCAGCCACAAUUCCCUCCUUCCUCCUCCGAAACUCCCUCAUCCAAAACGCCAUCAUGCCUCAGACAUUGAAUAGCAUGUACAGCAGAACCCGUUGAGCAGAGAGCCGACACUGACUCGGCUCUGCUACACGGCAGGAAGGUUUUUCGUCUGAGGGAUGACGGAGGGUGGGGGAUGGUCAGAGGGAGGAGGCAGGACGAUGUUUCGCCUGACGCGGGACAGAGUUACAGCUGACGACUGAUGAUGUCCUAAAAUGGACACCGUGUAUAUGCUAUAGGUAAAUACAUAGUAUACCAUAGGUUUAAUAGGAACCUAUCACCAGGAUUCUUGGAUUAGUAUCUAUAAAGUCCACUAUCAAAACCAGAUUAGUAGGUGCAGUGAUGUUCACCACUCAACUGCUACCACCCCAUGUCAACUCCUUAUUGGCAAGGAGUAUCAGAGCAACUUGUAAAUAUGAAGAUUAUCCAGAAUGACCUGUCAUGACUCUUAGUAAUUGUGAUGAUCCCUGGAGGCUUCUCCCCACCCCACAAGCUUAUAUUCAGACAGGGAGAGGCCUAGCAAUCAUGGCUGGUGGGGUGGAGAGAAGCUGCUGGGCCACCCCAAUGACUUCUGGUUCAGGGCGCUUAAAAGCCAUGAAAUGUUCCCUUUAACCCAACUACUGUCAGGGUCCCAUAAUGUCAUAUUAAAGAGGUUUUUAGGAACUAGCAUUUAAGUAUAUUAAAAGAUUUUAAAAUACCAUCUAGGUAUACCUUAUUCAAUACAUUUACCGGGGCAUUAAUUCGGAUGUUGAAUGCAUAAUUCCAUCUCUGCUCUUUCACAUGCAUUGUAGAUCAAGUGCCGUACAUUCGAUAUGUAACCUAUCAAAGCUGGGUUCUUCUCCCCAUGUACAUGCCAUCAUUACUUGAUGCAGCUAUAGGAUGUAUUUGGGAGAGUUUUGGAUUGCUGGGAGAUUAUUGGAAGCGCAUGGAUAGAAGUCAUGUUGGAAGGUAGUAGAGGGAUGAAUUAAGGACUGCUGACCUCCUCCUAAGCUAGAGGUUCCAAAGUACAACUAGCUGCAUGCGCCAGAAGAAUAGAGUCUGCAAAAGAAAAAGAAAAAUUCAAAACAGUGCUAGUCAAUGAUCUUUUUUCUGCUGGAAGCUGUAAAUCACUGUAUUUAUACUCAUACAGGUAAGUCUGUCAAUCAUUGAGUGAGAACGCCCACUGGACUCCUAAGCCCAGAAUGAGCAGAGAUUUCAAUCAAUAACUUACAAAGAAUGAUAAUUUCAAUCUACUACUAGAUAUCUACUGUACAAUAGGAGAACAUUUCACUAUGACAGCUUACCUUUAAAAAAAAA